GCGUGGCUAACAGAGUGGUACUGACGCAGAGUGGAGAGUGCGGAGUAGGUCGUGGGUCAGUGCUCUUAGCUCCCCGCGAUGGGUGCCUGUUUGGGGGUGUGCUCUCUUCUCAGUUGCGCUUCAUGUCUCUGUGGUACAGCACCAUGCCUCCUCUGUGGUUGCUGCCCAUCUACAAAGAACUCCACUAUAACCCGACUGGCAUUCUCCAUCUUCCUCCUCCUCGGGACCCUAGUGGCCUGCAUAAUGAUCAUCCCAGGUGUGGAAGCCGGUCUUCAAAAGCUCCCGUGGGUCUGUUCCUCAUCCACAACAAUUGCUGGCUCUGUGAACUGUGAUGUAAUUGUGGGUCAUCAUGCUGUGUACCGCAUGUGCUUUGCUCUGGCUGCAUUUUUCUUCCUUUUUGUCAUAUUAAUGAUCUGUGUGCGCAGCAGCAGUGACCCACGAGCAGCAGUGCAGAAUGGGUUUUGGUUUUUUAAGUUCCUGAUAUUGGUUGGAAUCACAGUUGGAGCAUUUUUUAUUCCAAAUGGGGCGUUCGCACAAGUGUGGUAUUAUUUUGGCAUGGUUGGUGCUUUUCUAUUUAUUCUGGUCCAGCUUAUUCUCAUCAUUGACCUUGCCCACUCAUGGAGCCAGUCGUGGCUUCAGCUGGCAGAAGAUGGGAACACCAAAUGCUGGUAUGCAGCUCUUCUGAUCUGCACAGCUUUGCUAUAUGCUGCCUCUAUUACUGCCAUAGUGUUCCUGUAUAUAUAUUAUACCAAGCCGGAUGCCUGUACUCUCAACAAGGUCUUCAUCAGCCUCAAUCUCAUCUUUUGUGUCAUAAUUUCCAUAGUGUCAAUUCUACCCAAGGUUCAGGAUGCCCAGCCACACUCAGGAUUGUUGCAGGCUUCUGUUAUUACCUUGUACACAAUGUUUGUCACUUGGUCUGCAAUGGCAAAUGUCCCAGACAAGAAUUGUAAUCCUACCUUGUUGGCUAUUAUCACCAAUGCUAACACCACAGCCUCCAUCUCAUCAACCUCUACUCCGGUUCAAUGGUGGGAUGCUCCCAGUAUUGUGGGCCUGGGUAUCUUUAUCCUAUGCACCCUGUUCAUUAGCCUUCGCUCCUCCAACAACACCCAAGUGAACAAGCUAAUGCAGACGGAAGAAAGCUCUGGAGAAGCUGGGAUCCCAAUGAGUGAUGAUGGAGAGCACAGAGCAUAUGAUAAUGAGGAAGAUUCAGUGGCCUACAAUUACAGUUUCUUUCACUUUUGCCUGUUUCUUGCCUCUCUGUACAUAAUGAUGACUCUCACCAACUGGUAUCUACCUGGCUCUACUAAUCAGACCUUAUCAAGCCCUUGGUCAGCCGUUUGGGUGAAAAUUGCUUCCAGCUGGGUGGGACUUCUCCUUUACCUCUGGACUCUGAUAGCUCCUGUAAUACUCUCUGACCGGGACUUUCAGUGAACUUCAUUUCUGUCUAUGUAAAAAUAUAAGCUUCUAUUAUAAAAAGGUAGCUGUUCUGAAUGAAAAUGGUCUUAUGUUAAAAGGCCAUGCCAUACCAAUGCCAAUUAAUUGUUCAUUCAUCCUUCAUGAUUAAAUAUUAGUGUAUCAUCUAAGAAAGAGUUUGUUCUUUGUUCUUUGAACCUCUUCCUCCACCACUACCCUUACUUUUUUGUGAGGUCCUAUCCAUGGCAAAAUCAGACUUGGAUCUUAUUAUAACUGGCAUUCAAAUAUCUUCGUAGCUCUCAUCAAAAGCAUCCUUUCAUACAGAAGUUAAUAAAAUGGUCAUUUUGACUUGCUGGAAAGGAGUAUAAUAUGUUUUCCCCCUAAAUACAGGGUUAUUGUAUUUACAAUAAAUGUAUACAAUGACAUUGCGGUACGAUACAGUGAAAAUACACUUUCAAUAUUGCCUUACAUUGUUGGCUCAUCAUUCCUAUUGUUGCCUUAGUUUAUAACUAUAUCUGUGCCUUAAUUAAUUUGAGAUGAUUUAGAUAUUUUGUAAAAUAUUUUUAUAUUGCUGUGUUACAUAUUGGUAAUGCCUGUUACAUAAUAAAUAAAGUAUUUGUU